GAGAGGGAGAGAGAAAUGGCCCCCACCCACGACCAGGAAGAGAUAGAGGGGCGCUAUAAAGAGUAUGCCUAUAGCCCAGUACCACCGAGUUCCAGUUCAGCAGUGUACGAUUCAACCACCCUUGGAAAAUAUCCCGUUGAGAUUGGUGUCGGUUCAUCCAAGUAUCGUACGAACGGUGUCCACGAUAAGUGUCGUGUCGCAAAUAUGGCGGAGAAGGGCUCGACGUUGCCUCAGUACGUCGCUGCUGCCGCGGCAAAUCUGUGCUGUGUCGCGUCCGGAGCUUUGCUAGGAUGGACGAGUCCGGUGUUACCAAACCUGGGGAGUACUUUGGAAGACAAUCCCCUCGGCAGAAAAAUCACCGCCGACGAGAACUCUUGGAUCGGCUCCUUGAUCUCCGUGGGAGCGAUUAUUGGCAGCUUCGUAGCUGGAUAUUUGGCGGAAAGAUGGGGUAGAAAAAUGACGCUUCUGUCCUCCGUGGUGCCAUUUCUGAUCGGCUGGGUCUUAAUCGCAACAGCCGGCGUCGUCUAUCAGCUGUUCGUGGCCCGAAUAAUUCUUGGUUUUGCUUUAGCUUUCGCCUUUACGGUCGUGCCCAUGUACUGCGGUGAGAUCGCCGAGACGUCCGUCAGAGGAGCUCUGGGAUCAUUCUUGCAACUGUUCGUCACCAUCGGCCUCCUGUAUGCGUACGCUAUCGGCCCGUUCGUCUCCUACGUGGCGUUCGCGAUAAUCUGCGCAAUUCCACCGGUGGUGUUCUUCGCUUGCUUUUUCAUGAUGCCCGAGUCACCGUACCACUUGCUCAAGAUCGGCAAGAGAGAGGAGGCGGUCCAAGCUUUGGCCAAGCUGCGAAAAAAGUCACCGGCCAGCGUGCAGAAGGAAGCUGACGAAAUACAGGCUGCCAUUGACGACGCGUUCAGGAACGAAGCAAAGAUCAGCGAUUUAUUCAAAGUGAAGGCGAACCUUAAAGCCUUGAUAUUCACGUGUUUGCUCGUCGCGUUCCAACAAUGCAGCGGCAUCAACGUUGUCCUUUUCUACAUGGGAUCAAUCUUCCAAGCUGCGCACAGCGCGUUGCCUGACUCGAUAUCAACCAUCAUCGUGGGUGCUGUUCAGACGGCCACUUCUGGUAUCACGCCACUGAUCUGUGACAAACUUGGCAGGAGGAUGCUGCUCAUUACCUCCGGAAUCGGCGAAAUUGUCUCCUUGAUUGCGCUGGGUCUCUACAUGUUCCUCCAAGAUGUGGAAAAAUCGGACGUUAGCGGCAUAUCGUGGCUUCCUAUCGUCUCGCUGGUCAUCUUCAUCGCGUUGUACUGUAUAGGCUGGGGACCGCUCCCGUGGACCGUGAUGGGCGAAAUGUUCGCGUCGAACGUGAAGUCGAAAGCUUCCGGGAUCACGGUGUCCGUCUGCUGGCUGGUCUCCUUCUUCAUCACCAAAUUCGCCAGUGAUCUGCAGCAGGUGUUCGGCCAAUACCUGCUGUACUGGCUGUUCGCCGUGUUCUGCGUGCUGAGCGUGUUGUUCACGUUCUUCAUAUUGCCGGAGACGAAAGGGAAGAGCCUGCAGCAGAUUCAAAACGAGCUGAGCGGCGAGCAUCCGGAGAUACCAGAGUUCGGCGACUCGAGUAAACAGUGAAAAACAGUAUUACGGUUUCGUAAACGUUUCGGGGACAAUCUCGAGACUUCGAUUUCGUCCUUGUUCGCGUACCAGACCGACCAUAUCCGUCGAAUCGUUCUUCCGUAUUCCUAUUUCUACAUGCAUACGUAUGUACAUACAUAUAUGUACGUAUAAGCGCGUCUUCACAUACUGCCAAAGACUAUGAGUCGCGAUGAUUUUGCAUCAUCUCCACCCGCGAAACGUGACGAGUGGACACUAUACUUUUUUUUUAAUCGUUAGGAUCGUAGAAACGCUCAGCAUUUUUAGGUAUACAUACAUAUAUAUAUACACACACACACACACACACACACACACACACAGGAUAAGAUGUAAGAGACGUGCGUUCGAUGCAAUAUGAAAUUGUUAACUUUU